AUGGUUUACAAGCCGCUGGAAGGAAUUGUCCCUGUGAUGUCUCUGACGGGCUAUGAAACCACUUGCAGCUCCUUCACUUCACUUCCGCCGUUGAGGUCCAUCUCUCUUUUUGAGUAUGCCCCCUCAGCCAUACCAGCGGCUGGCACAGCGCUUGCACCGCAUAUAACCCCGAGGGUGGGCGUCAUCACACGCCAUCCUGAACCGCCCCAGCAUGCCCUCCCCAGAGCGGACCAACAAUCAGACCGAGAAUCCAGCCAGCCUAUUACAGGAGCUAUAUAUGUGGGCAUCAGAACUGCAAGAAAAACGAGACCGACAGAGCCGCAGCGAAAUGUGGCAUGA